AUGGAAGAUUAUACCAGAGUGUACACAAGGAAACCAUGGGUCAUCAUGGACCACUACCUAACGGUGAGGCAAUGGGAACCAAAUUUCAAACCAUCGGAAGCACUUGAAACCACAACCGCACUCUGGGUCCGGUUUCCAGAGCUUCCGAUCGAGUACUACCAAGAUAAAGUCUUAUAUGCCAUUGCAAAAUCAAUUGGUAAGCCUCUCAAAAUCGACUGGACAAUAGCUAUGGCAACCAGGGGGAAAUUUUCCUGGAUUUGUGUCGAGAUGGACCUCACCAAACCUCUAAAACCUAAGUUUAUUUUGGAAGGUCGGUACUACAAUAUAGAAUAUGAAUCUUUACACUCAUUUUGCUUCCUUUGUAAGAGACUUGACCACCGUAAGGAAGCAUAUCGAUUCAAGGAACCACCUAGUCCACUAUCGGCAAAGAAUCUAGACGUUUCCAGUGAGCAAACUCUGCCCACUGGUACCGCUAAAUCCAAUGGUAACCUGUAA